UUCCAUUUCCUUCAUCGCUCAUCCGUUUCAUAUCCUGGUGCACAAGAUGCAUGAGCCUCCUCCACCCCACCGACCCGAAUCCCAAUAUCACUAGGGCACCCAAUGUUCAAGUCGAAGCUGCAGGAUGUGUGCCAGAAGAAGGCGUGGUCGUUACCCGAGUACACCAGCACCAAGGAGGGCCUCGAUCACGACCCUCGCUUCUCUGCCACCGUCGUCGUCAGCGGCCUCACUUUCAACGCUGCCCAAUCCUUCAGGUCCUCCAAGCUCGCCCAAAACGACGCCGCUUGCAUCGCUUUUCAUCACUUCUCUUCUCCCCCUCCCGCCCCCGCCGCCGCCGUACCUCCAGGUGGUUCCCGCCCUCUUCCUUCCGGUUUCCCUCUUAUUGCAGGACCGGGCUCUGAAUGGAGUUGUACAAACAUGCCACAGCAAUUGCAAGAGCCUCAAGCUCCUCAGGUCAUCGAUAAUGCUACUGUUUGUGGUUCUCAGAGCACUGGCAGAACAUUAAAUGUUGAAGAUGUACAACAUUUGCAUAAGAACCAGCUGCAAUAUUAUGCUCAGAAGAGGAAUCUCAUUUUACCUGUCUACUCUUGUGAGCGUGAAGGUCCUCCUCAUAACACUCGUUUCAAAUGUACAGUAACAAUUGAUGGACGGACUUAUCAGGGUCAAGAAUUUCUUCCUACUAUGAAGGAUGCGGAACAUGCAGCUGCGAAAGUUGCUUUGCUCUCCCUGUUACCAGAUGGAGCCCAAGAAGAUGAUUCUGGUUUGUACAAGAACCUUUUACAAGAACUACUUCAAAAAGAAGGCCAACAUGCACCACUCUAUAGCACAACGACAUCGGGGGAACCUCACAUGCGUAGUUUUGUUUCAACUGUGGAGAUUAGAGGAGAAUAUUUUACAGGUCAAGUAGCAAGAAGCAAGAAGCUGGCAGAAGUGAGCGCAGCGAAAGUUGCUUACAAUACUUUGAGAGAUCGUAAGUCAAGCCAGAUUCCGUUGUUUCUCACCCCGGUUUUGCAAGGGCGAGAAGGUCCCGAGGUCAUAUAUUCUCAUGCUCUGCCAGUUGUAGCUGCUGAUCUACAACAGCAAGUGAGACCUAACUCUCCGAAGAUUCCCAUUCUUGAUUCGGUUACUGGGGCACGACAAUCGGAGAUCAGUGUGGCCACAAUGGGAACCAAUCAUCCAUCUGCAACUCUUUCUCCGAGAGUGAAUCUUGAUGUAGGUGGAGGAUCCACUCCACCUGGCAAUGUGCAUGGCCUUGAACCGAAGACUUCACAUUCUGCAUCCCCUGUGUCUCAAAAUGGUUCGUUGUCAACUUUGCCUUCUGACCAUACUUCAGAUAUGGACCCUACUCUUGAGCCACCAGCAAAAAGAUUGUUUACCAACAAGGUUACUGUUUAUCCACGGAUGGCGGUGACACUUCCAGAAGAUUGCACUGUGCUUCCCAUUAGUGAUGAAAAUUGGAUUGCUGUAUCGCAUAAUGUGAGAAAGUAGAAUAAAUUGCUGAUAAUGUGGUGGUUUCAUCUUUCAUGUACUCCAUAGAUGGUUUCUCCUUUCUUUUACUUUUUUGAAAGGAUGGUUUCUCCUUAAGUACUUUAAGACAUAAAUGUCAAUUUGCACUCCGAACUUG